AACGAAACAAAAGUAUAUCGAUAGUGAUUGGUGCAGGUAUUCGCCACACUCGUCACUCGAUUUUCGAUAGUCACCACAUUGACCAUUUAUACGUCGCCAUUUAACAUUUCUCUAGGCUCUGUCUUUCUUACGCACGUGGCGCUAAGAAAGACAACAUGCAAAUUUUUGUGAAAACCCUCACGGGUAAAACCAUUACCCUUGAGGUCGAGCCAUCAGACACUAUUGAAAAUGUCAAGGCAAAGAUACAGGAUAAGGAGGGAAUCCCCCCAGACCAGCAGCGACUGAUUUUUGCCGGUAAACAGUUAGAAGAUGGGCGUACUCUCUCUGACUACAAUAUACAGAAAGAAUCUACUCUUCAUUUAGUUCUGCGUCUGCGAGGAGGUGUCAUUGAGCCCACUCUCAGAAUUUUGGCCCAGAAGUACAACUGUGACAAGAUGAUAUGUCGCAAAUGCUAUGCCAGGCUCCAUCCAAGGGCUACCAACUGCCGAAAGAAGAAGUGCGGGCAUACAAAUAAUAUCCGCCCAAAAAAGAAGUUGAAGUAGAAAAUAUACUUAUUUAUCACUUUACAAGGUCACUACAGUGUUAAACGUAAAAAAGUGAGAAUUAUGAAAACAGACCUUCAAUAAAUAAAAUUUGUUAACAAAUAAAA